AUGCUAUAUGUAUCAGUGGAGGGCCAAUGUCUCAAAACUACGCUCAGCAUACUUACUAUAUUCAAAACAACAUCAAUGGUUAACAUAACACUUGGGUUGUUUGCAAGCUGUGGAAUCAAUAGUAAGGUUCGGCUGUACAUGAGAUUGUAUCUUCUUGUAAGCAUUCUCCUACUCAUCGGCAUGUCAGCUAUCGUUCUCUACGUUAAGAUCAGCUACCAGAGUGAUGUCUCAAAAGCUCUAGGCGUUGCAUACAACAUAGCACAGGCAGAAAACAUCAUUCUCCAUUACUUGGAGUGCUCAAAUCAAAAAGCAUGCACUGCACAGAUCAUGAGUAUCAUCAAUCACAUUCGCUACUAUUACCUGAUAAUAUCCAUUCCCUCAAUACUCCUCAACCUCCUUAACAUUCUAUUUGCAAGAAUCGCACUAAGCAUCAGCAUAGAAUAUGCUCCUCCAAAGCCACCAAGCUUCGUUGAGAAAAACAGAGUUGGAAUGAACACCGUAUCAUUAAGAAACAGGCGUGUUCUUUCUGCAUCUACAUCCAAUGCCUCAAACAGCUGA